AUGGACUUGACUCUAGAUCUCGAAGCAGCUCUGGCUUCAUUGCCAGCCUGUACUCGGUGUCGCAGACGGCGCAUCAAAUGCGAUAGCCGGCUGCCAACAUGCCGAAAUUGCUUUCAGGCCGAUGUGAGAUGCCAAUUUAGGGACCAUGUCGUGGGGGAGGAAAUUCCUCGGCAAUACUUGCAGUCCUUGAUCCAACAUGUCCAACAAUUGAGCGAAGCUGGGGCAUCCAAUGGAAUUGGAAUUGCCCCAGAGCUGUCUUCUCACGACACUCUUCCCCGACUUGACCGCCCAAGGGUCGGAAAUGCUGAAGCUUGCAGCAUAUUCGCGGCCUCCCAGAGUCCAGGUCGUCUAACUGAUCCUGGUGUCUCAUACUAUGGCCCUAGCAAUCUAUAUGCCUAUCUCCUCAAUUCGGCUUCAUCGAUGAUCUCUGCCAAGCCUUUCAUCGAGCCCGAGGAAGAGAAAGAAGGCCUUCGACCACACAACGAACUAUUCGAGACCAUCACCGCUAGCUACAGACCGUCUUCUGACACGUCUACAGCCAAUCUCCCGCCACAGUCACUGGUCAGGGACUUACUAGAAUAUUACCAACAAUCUGUUGAGGUGUUCUUCCCAGUGAUUGGGAGUGAGUUGUUUUCGCAACUCAGUGCCUUGUUGUCGACAGGGUCGGAGACUUUACAAGACGAUAACAGCGUCGAGUUUGCUAUUCUUCGUCUCAUCCUGGCGAUUUCCUUCCAACUCAUGGCACGCUACAACCCCAGUCUUUCAUCGAUCGCACUGGCAUAUUUUCUCAACAUCAGUGAGGCUCGCUUGCGGGAGGCCCUGAGCCGCUCCAACGUCACCACGUUACAACUGCUUACACUACUCUCCAUAUAUUUGAUGCUUGAUCGAAAAGGAGGCAAUAUUUGGACCGCUUUAGACCAAGCCCUUUGCUUGAGCGAGACCCUGGAGCUGAAGAGUGAACGGAAUGGUAUCCUUAAUCAAAUUCGAAACACACUGUUCGUCCUAGAAGUGUAG